CGACGCCAGCGCCAACAGCAGCCCCCUGCGGGUGGCCGUCAUCGGCGGCGGCCUGGUUGGAGCUCUCGAAGCUGUGUUGUUGGCACGCCGUGGUCACCACGUCGAUCUCUAUGAAUAUCGCGAAGACAUCCGCCGCUGCCCGAACGCGCGCGGCCGCUCCAUCAACCUGGCGCUGUCGCACCGCGGGCGCGCCGCCCUGCGCGCCGCGGCGCUGGAGAGCACGGUGCUGGCGCAGGGCGUGCCCAUGCGCGGCCGCAUGCUGCACGCGCCCGACGGCCGCCGCACGCCCGUGCCCUACGACGUGCUGGGAAAGGAGGUAUAUCCGACUGUGGUUCAUAUCUAUAAGCGAGGGUUGACCCCGAUGUUAGAUCAAGAAACGGCUGAAACAUUCCCAAACGUCAAUCUUCACUUCAAUCAUAAACUUGUGGCGGCUGACUUCGACUCCGGAGAACUAACUUUUCAGGCGGAGGGCGGCGCGAGGCACGUGCCGGCGCCGCAGCUGCUGGUCGGGGCGGACGGCGCCCACUCACGCGUGCGCGCCGCCAUGCUGCGAAGGCCCGGCUUCGACUUCCGGCAGAGCAACAUCGAGCACGCCUACCUCGAGCUGCGCAUCCCACCGGCCCCGGACGGCACGUGUGAGCCUUUCAACGUGGGAGGAAAGGUAGUAGUGAUAGGUGAUGCAGCUCACGCUAUGGUACCCUUCUACGGUCAGGGGAUGAAUGCGGGUUUCGAGGACUGCCUCAUCCUGGACGGCCUGCUCGAGAAGUUCCCCCCAGAGGCGGCGCUCAACGAAUUCUCUCGCACGCGCGUGCCCGACGCGCACGCCAUCUGCGACCUCGCCAUGUACAACUACGUCGAAAAUUCCAGUCCAAUUUUACUGGAUAGCUAUUUGAUUGGUGCAUCACGAACUCUAAACGGGUCGAGCCUUCCGUUGCAGAUGCGCGACCUGGUGGCGCGGCCUUCGUACAAGCUGCGGCGCUGCCUGGACUCGGUGCUGCACCGCCUGGCGCCGGGCCUCUGGAUGCCGCUGUACCAGGGCGUCACCUUCUCGCGCCGUGGCUACAAGUGGUGCAUGGAGCAUCGCAGGCGCCAGGACAAGGUGCUGCGAGGGGCGCUGACGACGGCGGGGGUGGCCGCGGCGGCGGUGUUGGCGCGCUGGCUGUGGGACAACUUUGAGGUGCAGGAGAUGGCACCUCUCAAGCGCCUCCUCUGACCGUCCGAGAUGGCAUUCAAAUCAGCGACAAAAGCAAGAAUGCAACAACCCGCCCACCAAUGAAGAUCAUUUUAAAGACUACGCACGAAUGUUCUAAGAAUAUAUUAACUUUUGAUUCCAAAAUAAGGGGUAAUAAAAGCAAUCUUGAUGACAAUUAAUUUUCAUGCAAUUAAAAAAUUUAAGAAUAAAUAUUUUUAUAUAAAUGAUCAAUAAAAUGUUUCAAAUCAU